CUGGCCCGGGAGUGCGGGUGGCCAAGGGCGCCUGCCGGCGGCGGUUGCUCACGUGACGAGGCCGCCUGUCAUGGAGCCGCCUCAGCCCCCGGGGGCGCGCCGGGGCUGCCCGUUGCCGGAGGACAGCUUCACCCGCCUGGCCUCCCAGAGCAACGUCUACGGGCUGGCGGCGCUGGCCGGGGCUGGCGAGGGGGAGGCUGGGCCGGAGGCAGCGGAGGGCGCGGGGGGCCCGGGGCGAGCCUGCGGCGGGGGCCCCAGGGGGCUCCUCGUGGCCACGCUGAAGGGGAAGGUGAUUUACUUCCGCUACCAGGACCUGCGGCAGAAAUUGCGGCCGGUGGCCAGGGAGCUGCAAUUCACCUACAUCCCCGUUGAUGCUGAGAUUGUCUCGAUUGACACUUUCAGCAAGUCGCCGCCGAAGAGGGGUCUCGUGGUGGGAAUAACUUUCAUUAAGGACUCUGGAGAUAAAGCGAGUCCGUUUCUGAACAUUUAUUGUGACUAUGAGCCUGGAUCGGAAUAUAACCUGGACUCCAUAGCACAAAGCUGCUUGAACCUGGAGCUGCAGUUCACCCCAUUCCAGCUGUACCAUGCGGAAGUCCAUGUUGGAGACCAGCCAGAGACAGUCUUUCUGCUAAGUGGGAACGACCCCUGCAUUCAUCUGUACAAAGAGAACGAAGGCUUGCACCAGUUCGAGGAGCAGCCCGUGCAGAACCUCUUCCCGGAGCUCCAGGAGCUGCCCAGCAACGUGCUGUGGCUGGACGUCUGCAACAUCCCUGGCUCAGGCCGGCGUCUCACAGCAUUUGGGUGCCAAAGUGGCUACAUCCGGGUGGCCCAGGUAGAGCAGGCCAGCAGAGAGGUGCUGCAGAGCUGGAGCAUUCAGCAGGACGGCCCCAUCUCCAAGGUCCUGCUGUUCAGGCUGCCGUCCCCUGGGGGUGACCCUGCCCAGGAUGGUAAUGCAGGCGACCAGGGCUACAGUGUUCUCGUCACUAGCACCAUCGAGCUGUCCGUGGUAUACAGGAACGUCCUGACUCAUGGGCUGGCAGACCAGCUGACCCUGCCAGCCAGUGACCAGCAUGACAGCGUGCUCUGUGCCCUGGUGACUGACAUCGAUUUUGAUGGAGCGCCCGAGAUACUCCUGGGCACCUAUGGACAGGAGCUGCUCUGUUACAAGUACUGGCGCGCGGGAGCUACCGGUGCGGGCGUGGCAGAGGCCGAACCCUCCUUGCAGCCCGCUGGGGAGUUCCAUCUGCUCUGGAAGCGGAGUUUCCCCAGCCCCCUGCUGUCCAUGGAGUACGCAGACCUGACCUGCGAUGGGCUCUGUGAGCUGGCCGUGGUGUGUCUGAAGGGGCUGCAUGUUCUGCAGCACAGCCUGAAGCAGACGGCUCAGUGCCUUCUGGAGAGGCUUCGCCAGGAGGUGGCAAGGCGGGCGAGCCACAGCCGCGUCUCCCAGCGGGUGCGAGACGCCAGCGUGGAUGGGGAAACAGCAGAGGAAUAACUGGGCAUGGCCUGUGCUUACCACAUCGCAGCUGAUUUCUGGCCAGCCUGGUUGCAGGAUCCUGCUCUCCGUAGGGUCUCCAGGAAGGGCUGGCAGUCAGAGAGGCCCCUUGCCCCAAAAAGGGCCAGGGGGACAAUGAUGGUGGCGGCAGGGUGAGAUUAGGACAUGAUGGAGGAUCCAGCCCUAACGGAUCUUCGUCUGUGAGAGUGGAACAGCCAACCAGGAAGCCGUGCUUUAGCCUCCCUGAUGUGGAUGUGUGCCAGUUCCAUGCAGCAUGUGCCUGGUACGCACAGCAUGUGCCAGGUGCUCCCCUCCUGCUGGGGAGAGCAAAGGAUGAACAUCGGACUUCUCCAGUCCCUUUGCCCACGCUGUGCCAGCCAGGCAGGAGCCAGCCCGUGGCACAAGAGAGCCUGAACGGUGACACCGAGGGCCACAGCUGACUUGGAUGGAUGUUUACAUUAAUCCCCCCCACACCCUGUCCAGUAAAAGUUCCCAUGCACCCAG